UAUCAUAAAGGCAAAAAAUUGUUUGAUGAUCCCGAUGAUCCAUUGAAUGGACAAAUUUUAAACGAUUUGUAAAUAGCAGUUUUAAAAUACAGUAACAAUUAUUGUGCAUCAUAUUUCGUGUUAUUAAUUGAUUCCUAGUGUAGUGAUAUGCAUUUCGAAGAAGUUAUAUGCACCACCGAAAGUCCAGAACAGCUGGGGCAUGCAUACAUGGAAGUGGAUGAAGAAUCCGCACUUUGCUCCAAUAGGGGCUCUCCAACUGAAAAGCUUAGUCCAGAACUCAGUGAUGAACAGCCACUCAGAAGAAAAAUUCCCAUAAUUCGGAAACCAGGGGAAGUUGUUACCCCGGUUCCAAUACAACUUGGUCAUAAUCCGAAUGCAAAUCCGCUGAGCAACGUGCAAGUAUCCCCUUUAUCAUCGUCUAGUUAUCAAAUAUCAACUCCGCGAUCAAUCAUAAAGGCACGCAUGAAACCCGAAUGGAAUAAAAUCGAAGCUCCCUGUAAAACAUUGUCACAGACAUCAAACCGGAGAGCAAGGAACCAAACUCUGCUAAGAACUAAGCCUAUAGAAAGCAUUACCUUAACUGAAAAUAUGUCGGAAAGCGUGCCUACCUUACAGAACCCGCCACAAACGCAAAUGGAUCGCAUAGAGCAGAAAAUGGACGAAAUAUUGAACAGGCUCGAGCGACACGAAGCCACGUUUCAACAAAUGCAAAGCGAUAUUACAGAGCUUAGGGCCGAAUUGAAGACGUCGGUCAUGAACCUUAGCGAUCAUUAUGGAAAACAGGUGGUAGGCUCAAAUACGCCUGCGAAACGGAAACGUAUCGUGGUAUUCCCAGUAGCAGAUGAUGAGUAUUUUCUUCAACUUGAAAAGCUUGUCGAAACAGAUGAAGAAGUUCAAGACGAUUUGGCAGCUCUUUACAGGACAGCGCCGACCAAAAGUGCGUACGAUUUUAUGCGCCACAACGUCAAUUCCCUGUUCAAGAAUUGCUCAAAAUACACCUGGACGGGUAAACCUUCCAAUUCAAACCCCAAUUCACUGCCCUGCAACUCGGCAUACAACCUUGCGCUGGUGGCCCAUUUACUCAGCUGUGCAUCUGAAGUUUUCCCUUUCGUCAGUAGAGAUAGUAUUUCCAAAGAUUUCCGACGCGCUCUGGACAAUUUUAACGAUGUGAUGAAGCGGAAGAAGCAAGCAGAGAAAUUACAGUUAAGCAAUGUUACUUUAGAGGUCAAAACGACAACUGAUGACGAAUGCAGGGCUGGUAGUGAUUUGGGGUCUUGAAAAGAGGCCUCUGGCCAGAAAAAGACCAAUCAGGAAUAAAAACGAUACUAAACAGAAA